AUGAAACUUGAAGUUUUCUCCGCGCACCACUUCGUGCAGAAGCCGAUGGAGUUGUGCAUGGACGCAGAGGGGGGAGUGCCCUCUCCUCUGUCCGGGGACGAGCUGGGGUCUGACGGGGACUGCGUUGCCAACAGCCCGGCACCUGUCAUUCAAGGCGGCGACGGCAGCAAGGGGAAGCCCUACACCCGCAGGCCAAAACCUCCUUACUCCUACAUCGCCCUCAUCGCCAUGGCCAUCCGGGAGUCCAGCAGCGGCCGGCUCACCCUGGCAGAGAUUAACGACUACCUGAUGAAGAAGUUCCCGUUCUUCCGUGGCAGCUACACCGGCUGGAGGAACUCGGUGCGCCACAACCUGUCACUCAACGACUGCUUCCUCAAAGUGCUGCGGGACCCGUCCAGGCCCUGGGGCAAGGACAACUACUGGAUGCUCAACCCGCACAGCGAGUACACCUUCGCAGACGGAGUGUUCCGCCGCAGGAGGAAGCGCAUCGCCAAGAGGCCCUCCAAGGAGCAGGAGAGCCCGGACAUCCUCAGCGAGGACACCCGCCUACCCGCCCCGGAGGAGAGGGUGGGGGCCAAGUUCUCCAGCUCCUUCGCCAUCGACAGCAUCCUCAGCAAGCCCUUCAAACGGAGGGAGGACAUGCACGUGGAUGCAGAAACCCACGGUCCAAGGCUCUACUGGUCACCAGGGGCCCACUUACUCCCUUAUACUCUGAACUAUCCUGCACAGCACAGCUACCUGUCAGAGGCGGGCUACAGCAGCAUAGAGCCCAGCAGGGAUGCACUCACAUACCUCCAGCACACAGCACCGGGCAUGGUCGUACCCGAGGCUGCCCCCCACGCACUCAAGAUGCCCAAUAAGGGGCAUGGUUUCCACAUAGACUCUCUGCUGUCAUAA